GCAAUCUAAAUUUUAAUGUCCUUUUUCAGUGGAAUAAAAGAGAAGAAUUUUUUCCUACAUUAUGAGUUUCCCCCAUACGCCACAAAUGAGGUAGGUCGCUCGGGUCCAUUUCAGAGGCGAGAAUUGGGUCAUGGAGCCCUUGCGGAGAGAGGACUCAGGUCAGUCGUGCCCACAGACUUCCCUUUCACCAUUCGUCUCACUUCAGAGGUUCUGGAGUCUAACGGGUCCUCAUCAAUGGCAUCUGUGUGUGGAGGAAGCCUGGCAUUGAUGGAUGCUGGGGUGGACAUAUCAGCUCCUGCAGCUGGAGUUGCAAUAGGACUCGUCACUCGAUGUGAAAAUGAUGAUACCAAACACCUUACAGACUACCGGAUACUCACGGAUAUUUUGGGAAUAGAAGACUAUAUGGGUGACAUGGAUUUCAAGAUGGCUGGCACCAAGAAGGGGAUAUCUGCGAUACAAGUGGAUGUCAAGGUCCCGGGAUUGCCACUGAAAGUUAUCAUGGAGGCAGUGCAAGCUGCCACUGACGCAAAGUCCAAGAUCAUUGACAUCAUGAACAAGACCAUCAGCAAACCCAGGCAGCCAAGGAAGAGCAACUGGCCUGUAAGUGUUACUUUGGAUGUGCCUGUACACAAGCGAGGCAAGUUGAUUGGGCCUGGUGGAAACAAUCUCAAAAAAAUUAUGCUUGAAACUGGAGCUCAGGUGAUCCCAGAUGAGGAGGCAGGAUUCAGGGUAUUUGCACCGAAUCAGGAGGCAAUGGAUGAGGCCCAAGAGAUGAUCAAUUCGCUGCUCAAGUCAGAACAGGAACCUCAGCUGGAGUUUGGAGCUAUAUACACAGCUAAAGUGGUAGAGCUGCGGGAGAUCGGUGUGAUGGUCACACUAUAUCCCACAAUGGUGCCAGCUCUCCUGCACAAUUCACAGUUGGACCAGCGCAAGAUAAAUCACCCAAGUGCUCUAGGUCUGGAAGUGGGUCAGGAGAUCCAAGUGAAAUAUUUUGGCCGUGAUCCAGUGUCAGGGCUGAUGCGGCUUUCCAGGAAAGUGCUCCAGAGUCCAACGUCUCCUGGUAUAAAGAACUUUCAGGAAACUAGCAACAGAUAACAAUAUUAACCACUCCUGCCUUGUAAAUAGCUACUUUUCUAUUUGUUAAUACAUUUUGUUUUGACUA